UUCAGCCAAGUUUGCAUAACUUUCUGUUAGAUUAUUUUCUCUAUCAACCAAGCAGAUAUUGCAAUAGUUUUUGUGUAAUCUGAAUUAACCUUCCUGUGUAACAUUGCAAUUGUUGCAAAUUCAAGCUUUGAAGUACUAAUCACUGCAAAAGAAAGUUUCUAGUUAUAGGAGUUGAAUUUAAUGACUAAAAAAAGUGAUUUGAAGUUUAAAUUCAAGAGGGUUGUUUACAGCUGUAAAUAUAAUGGAUGGAUGUAACCUUUUUCUGCAAGAAUAUCUCUUUCUGAUACUUAUCUUUGCAAUUGCUGUAAAAGAAUUAUAGAUCAUUGAUUUUAUAGCUAAAAAUGGUAUUCUGUAGUUUGGCUUUUUUGGACAUUAUGUGUAGCAAAAAACUGAAGUUAUGUACAGUCAGUAAAAAUAUAAAUUCAAGUCAAAGGUGCCUGUAGGCCUGCAGCCUUUCAGCUAGAACAGUACCAGUGUCCUUUAAAGUUCAAGCUUAUAUUGAACUCUCAAGCGAAUUAUUUCAAGAAGCUAAGCUAUCAAAGAGGACUGGAUUGUAAUGGAUACUGGUUUCCAGUUUUUCAAAUUAAUUCAUGAGGAUGAUAUCCACCAAGGAAAAGUUGGGUUGCCUAAAGAGUUUCUGAAGAAGCACGGAAACAAUUUGUCGAGUCCUGUAAUACUUAAGGUUCCUAGCGGUGCAACAUGGGAAGUAGAGUUGUCGAAGUCUGGUGAUGAUGUUUUGUUAGAUAAGGGCUGGAAAGAAUUUGCAGAUUUCUAUUCUCUGGAACAUGGGAGCUUCGUAAUUUUUAGAGAUGAAGGUGGAUGUCAUUUCUCUGUGAUCAUAUGUGGCAAAAAUGGUUUGGAGAUAGGAUACCCUUGCGGUGGCGAUGAUUCUUCUUUGAGUCCGGAAGCUGAUGGAAAAAUCCAAGCUUGUGAGACGGAUAGAAAUGAAGAUGCUAUUUGCAGAAAGAAGGUUUUUAGAAACAGUAUAUCGGAUUCAUCACAUUUGAGAAAUUCUCAAGCACUUGAAGCUGCAGACAAAUUCAUCACGAAGAAUCCAUCAUUCAAAUCCGUCGUGUGGUUGAGCAAAGUGAAGGCUAUUUCAGUGAGUAUUCCGACUAGUUUCGGCCAAGAAUAUGUAAAGGCCGAUACAGAUAAUAUGAUGACACUGCAGGUUGCUGAUAGAAUGUGGCCUGUGAAGGUGUUGAGAUAUUCGAAUUGUCACGUAGCCAGGUUUUGUGGCGGCUGGCCUCUCUUUGCUGCGGAAAACUCACUCAAAAAAGGCGAUGUUUGCAUCUUUGAGCUGAUUAAGAGUAGUUUGCUGAAUGUAUCCAUUUUCAGAUGUUAGUAAGUUCUUGAUACAGAACUGAACUUUGAGCUCCAAAUCUCUCUUUUGGUUCUUCUACUUGAUCAAUGAUGUAUUCAAUCCUGUUAUGGGAACAUUUUAUAACUAAAGUAGAUCUUUGAAUCAGUUUUGAUUUCGAUUUGAUAUAUUCUCAAAUGCAAUUAGUUGUCAUA